AUGUCGCUCAACUUCCAGCUGCAAAAAUCCAUCUCAAUCACCGCUGCGGCCCUUGAGUGGGAGGCCAAGCACUGGGAUGUCCUGGAUUCGCUACACUAUAUCACAGAUGAUGACGUGGUCGAAAUCCGAGUGCCAAAAGAUCUUCCUGCCGGCGCCGAGGUUACCAUUCUCCUGGAUUAUACGGGCAGGUUCGAAGAUGAUCUUGAGGGGUUCUACCGCUCUAAGUACAAAACCGCAGACGGAAGAACCCAUGAACUCGCCGUGACAUUCCUGGAGCCUACGUGUGCCAGACAGACUGCUUCAGAAUCAAAGCAACUAGUCGUCUUCCAACAGAGCCCGCUUAUGUCAUCCUACGUAUGUGACAAUUUCGUGCUCCAACUCAGCUCCCAUCGAUCGGAUCCGGCUAACCUCCCGUCUCAAUGGCUACAGCUAGUUGGUCUCGUCGCCGGCCAUCUUUCUCGAGUCAAAUCUACUAAGAGUAGAAUUCCACUCUCUGUUCUCUGUCCCAAGGGUUCUGAGGCGCAAGCAAGUUUCGCCCUCGAGUUGGCUUCUGAUGCCCUCGGCUUCUUCGAGACACUUUUCGACGACCAAUAUCCCCUUCCCAAACUUGACCUCGUGGCUGUGCCCGACUUCUCGUCGGGGGCUAUGGAGAAUUGUGGACUCAUCACCUUCAGGAUGAAUCACCUACUCAUAGAUACCGAGGAUUCCUCGCUCGACACAAAACAGGCAAUUACUCGGGUUGUCUUGCACGAAAUUGCCCACUCGUGGUUUGGCAAUCUGGUGACGAUGAAGUACUGGGAUGGGCUCUGGCUCAAAGAAGGAUUUGCGACGCUGUUGGCGUGGUAUGCUUCUGACAAAUUCUUCCCCGGCUGGCACCCCUGGGACAAAUUCAUCACAGACACACUUCAGGCAGCUCUUGAGCUGGAUUCACUCGAGAACAGCCAUCCAGUGGAGUUUGUGGUCAAGGACGCAACAAAGGCAAAACAACUGUUUGACCACAUCUCGUACAAGAAGGGCUGCUGCGUCCUCAAGAUGCUCCUGGAUGAUUUGGGCGAAAAACGUUUCUUCCAGGGCCUCAAGCUCUACACCCACCGCCACAAAUUUGGGAAUACCGAGUCUGCGGACCUAUGGCACGCAUUUCGGGACUGUGGUGACCCGGAGGUGCCCAACAGAAUGCGGGUCUGGACAAAGGAAACCGGAUUUCCUGUUGUCACUGUCACAGAGGAAUAUAAUGAUGCCAACACAGAUUGCGGAGAGGUUACUGCACUACGCCUCCACCAGGAACGCUUCCUGAUGAAUAGAAACAGUGGUUCUGACCGCAAGAGAGUAUUCUAUCCUCUACAUGUCUCUAUUCGCUCGGAGAGCGGUGUUGACACAUACCACAUGCCAGAGCAGGAGAUUGUUAUCACCGUACGAGGCAAGAUAUUUCUGAAGGUCAAUGCAGACCACGGGGUUCUUUUUCGGACGUCGUAUUCAUCACGGCAUCUCCAGAACCUCAUCCAGGCGGCCGCAGAUGGUCUCCUAACCUUGCGCGACUGCAUCGGCCUGUUGGCAGACGUAUCGGCCCUCACCGCAGCGGGUAUCAACAAAACCAGUGAACUGCUAGACAUUUGUCUUGGGUUUCAGUUCGCGACGGAAUUCUCAGGCGGCGGCGAGGUUUUGGGAUCCAAGGCGCGGGAACUGGGAUGGGAAAUGCCUGAUGACGACGACGAAUCUCAAACGGCAUUCAAAACCUCCAUGUUUAGCGCAGCCGGGUUGGUAGGCGACGAAGAGUGA